AUUUAUAUUCCAAGGAAUCGUCGAAUCGCCUACGUAACCCUUAUAAACCCUAGACCCAACUUCAACUCUCAAUUGAGUCUCCAAAACCCUAGAAAAUUCAAUUGCUCAUUCAAGAUCACGAUGAAGUCAGUAUCAGCACACGUUGUAUCCUCAAAGCCAGUCUCUUUAGCCACAGCUUCGAGAAUCCUCUCCAAUUUCGUCUCUAUGGAGAACGGAGCUUCUCACGCCGUCUCCGUCUAUCUCCGCCGCGCUGCCACCUCUUUCGCCGAAUUGAAUCAGUUCCACAAGGACCUCAAAUCAUCCUCCUCUUCUAAGUCCCUCAAAAAACACUCUCAAAUCAUCGCAUUUGAUUUCGGACAGGACGAGACGGAGAUUAAGGGGGAGGGGGAUAAAGUGGAGGAGAUCGAGGGAAAUGCUGGAAUUCUGGUGGAAAAGAGUGAGGUCACGAAGAAGAAGAAACGGAAAGGCGAGGAGAUUGAGGGCGAUUUUUCGGGGGAGUCUGCGGAGCAGAGUGGAUUGAGUAAGAAGAAGAGGAGGAAGACGGAAGGCGAUUGAUAAGUGCGGUGAUUAUUGUGUUUUUAUAUACUGUUGUUAUUUUAAUUAAUUGUGUUCUCCGAUAGAAGUUGCUGGGAUAGUGGGGCAAUGUUGAGGACUAUACUGUUAUAUUGAGUGCGCGAGGGAGCUCAGGGAGGAAAGAUAAUGAGAAUUUUGAUGUUAGUUAUGCACUCAGUCUCUGAUUGUGAUACUGUAUGGACUAGCUCUCUUAUGAAUACUGAUUUUGUUUUGAUUGAGUAA